AUGUCAGAAAACCACGGCGACACCGCGCCUCUGCUGGGCUCGCAGCGCACGCCCGAAUACGGAGCCGUCGAGGACGCGCCGGUCGCGGACCCGCGCACCUCGUCCAAGUUCAAGCGGAAUCUCGGCACCGCCGAGGCGUUCAGCAUCAUCAUCAGCAUUGUUAUUGGGAGCGGGAUCUUUACGUCGCCGGGCUCGAUUGAUACGAAUGUCCCGGCGCCUGGGUUUGCGUUGAUUGUUUGGGCUGUUGGGGGCCUUUUGGCGUGGACUGGUGCUGCGACGAUGGCGGAGCUUGGCACGGCGAUUGCGGGUGAAGGCGGAGUGCAGCCGUACCUGCAGUACAUCUUCGGCGACGUCUUUGGCUUCCUGGCGGCUUGGACGUGGAUUGUUGCUGUGAUUCCGGCGUCGCUGGGGAUCAUGAGCAUCGUCUUUGUGGAGAGCGUUUUCUCUGCGAUUGGCGAGAACAAUCGGACGCAAGGGGCGCUGCACAAGUUUCUCUCGAUCUUUGUUCUGAUUGUCUUCAGUAUGGCCAACGGUGUUAGCACGAAGGUCACCAAUCGGCUGAAUCGUUUCUUUGUCACGGCCAAAUUCACUGCGAUUGCGGCGACGGUUGUCGCAGGGAUUGCUGUCGUCGUGUACCACCUUGCUGCGCAUACAGAUAAGUCGACGCAGGAUUGGUGGACCAAGUCAUGGUUUGGAUACAGGACGAGCGUUGGACCCGAUGGCUCGAAGACCGAUUGGAGCAAGGUGAAUGGGUGGGAGAUGCUGGGUCAUUACUCUGCCGCUCUCUAUGGUGCGCUCUGGGCUUAUUCAGGAUGGGACAAGGCUAUCUACAUCAGUGCCGAACUGUCCGCACCAGCCCGCCAACUUCCGCUCGCUUUCAACACUGCAAUCCCAGUUAUCGUUGGCGGUUACAUCGCAGUCAACGCUGCCUACUAUAUCCUGCUCCCAUGGGACGUGGUUUCCACGAGCGACAGUGUGGCCGUGACAGCGUUCAACCACCUCCUCGGCCCCGGCGUUGGCCUUGUCGCUGCGGCCGUCAUCUGCAUCGUCGUCGCCGGAGCACUACUAGGAAGCGCCUUCGUCGGCAGCCGCAUGAUCGUCUCGGCCUCGAACAAGAACUGGCUCCCUCGAUUCCUCGGCGUUGUUGGACACAUCGGAUUGCGGUCUGCUACUGAAUCGGCGGACUCUUCUACUGACGAGUCCGAGUCCGAGUCCGAUGCUCCCAUCAACGCCCUCAUUUUCUCCACAGCCUGCUCAGCACUGUACAUUAUCUUCGGCAACUUCCGCGCCCUGAUCACAUUCAACGGGCUGGGGGAGUACAGCUUCUUCUUCCUGACCAUGGUCGGGGCUUUGGUCUUGCGGAUUCGUGAGCCAAAGCUUCAUCGUCCGUACAAGCCGUUCUUUGUCAUUCCUGUCAUUUUCACACUUGUCAGUGGGUUUGUGGUUGCCCGCGGUGCGGUCUUCGCGCCGUUCCAGGCUGCGAUCUCGCCCUACCGCCAGGAACAGGGACAACUGUUUACGAAGCUUGAAGCACACACCAACUCCGACGAAAUGACAAAAACGACCAUCGAAGUCCCCCAACACCCCUGGCUUGACCAGCUCUUUCACCAUUGGCAGGAGUCUCCUGAACGAGUCUUCAUUCGCGACCUGGCGACCGACAAAGAGGCUACAUUUGGCGAGUUCCUAUAUGAGGUUCUCGCGCACCGGGAUAGACUGCACAAGCAGCUGAGCCCAGAAACGCAAGAACGGCUCCAGGACCCGAGCGAAGAGGUCUUUGUUGCGAUUAUCGCGAAUGCAGGGUUCGAGUUUGCGGUGUUGCUGCUUGCGAUACAUGCCCUGGGUGGCAUUGCGGUGCCGCUGAGAAUCCAAGUUCACGCGGAGGAAGCGCGGUACUUUCUCGGGACGUGCAAUGCGUCGCUGAUAACGAGCAGCCAGAGGGAAGCUGAGCAUGCCCAGGCGAUCUCGUCCGAGCUCUCAAUACCACAGGUUACGUUCGCCCAAAAUAACCUGUCACCAUCCAAACUAGCAACAUUGCACUUCGAACAGGUCGAGUCUCCCAGCUCCAACGGAAUCCCUCGCUUCGACGAGGACAGAGGCUUUGCGCUCCUCUUCACGUCCGGCACGACGGGCUCUCCCAAGGGCGUCCUCUCAUCUAGCGGCAGCAUCCUAAAGGGCACACAAUACUACCAGUCCAAUCUAUCCCUCACCCCCCGCGACACCUGGCUGCACCACGCCCCCGCCCACUGGAAAGGCGGCUUCGACUUCCUCCUCGCAGCAACAUACGCCGGCGCGCGCAUCGAAUUCGCCAGCAGCGUCUUCAGUCCCGCCUGGCUUCUCGAGCGGAUAGGCGCGACCAAACCGAUGCGGCGUGCGCGCGGGCCAAUAACGUGCAUUCUGGCGCUGCCCUCGCUGCUGAUUUCGGUGGCGGAGGCGCUUGAGCAAAUUAAGCGGGAUGAGGGCCAAAAGGAGUAUGAGGAUGCCGUGCAGGGCGUGCGCGAUAUCAGGGUUUUCGUCUCCGGGUCGAUUCGCGUGCCGGAGUGGCUGAAGGAUGUUUGGCGGCAGGAGAUCAUCCCGGGGAGGGAGGUGGUUAAUGCGUAUGGGUUUACGGAGGCGGCGGGGAUGGUGGCGAUGACGGCUUGGGAUGCGAAGGGGGCGGUUCCGAAGGACUGCUGCGGCCCCCACAACCCAGACCUAAGCGUGAAGGUCACCGACAGCGGCGAGAUCUGCGUCAAGGGACCGCUCGUCAUGAAACGGUUCGUAGCCGCCAAUCUUAAGCAAAUCCAAAUCCGAGCUCACGCCCCAAAACGCAGGUACAUCUCCGACAACCCCGACGUCAUGGACAACGUCUUCGACGCAGACGGAUACUACAAAACAGGCGAUAUGGGGACGGUCAGCGCAAACGGCAUCGUGACCGUCCUCGGCCGCGCGAACCAGGAUAUGAUCCGCACAAUGGGCUACCGAGUCAACAGCGCCGACGUCGAGGACCCGCUGCGCUCGUACCCCGGUCCACCACGUAUCGCCCAAGCAUACGUCCUGGGCAUCGAGGACGCCGUGAACGGGCAGCGCGUUGCGGCGCUCCUCCUUACACAGACACAGGACGCUGCCGACUCCGACGCCCAAAGUGAAAGGAACAGCAACAGCAACAGCAACAGCAAAAGCAAAAGUACUAUCGACCUCGCGUCUCUCCGCCACUGGCUCGCGACGGAGAAGAAAAUCCCCGCGUACAAACUCCCCGCGGCGGUACGGGUUAUACGGAAAGAGGAGUUCUCGGGGCUCACGGUGAGCGGGAAGCCGUCGAAGAAGAAGAUCGCAGGGUUGUAUUUUGGCGAGGAGGCGAUGGAACGGGGGCAUGUGGAUAUGUGGGACUUUGCGGUUCAGGAGGAUUUCGGGGGACAUAGGGCUUGGGAUUGGGAGGGGAGGCCGAAGCGUGAUGUGUAG